ACAUACAAGUUUUUGAGGUUAUAUUUUUAGUAACCGCAUGCCGUUGUUGCAUGUCCCAUUUUUAGUCUUUAUCCCAAAUAAUUAUAUCUUAUUGAUUCAUCCAUCAGUACGUACGAAAGAACAAUUCUGUCUCAAAGUGUAUAGUGCCAUCAAGUUUUUCCGUUCGUUUUCGUCUUGAAUGCAGUUUCUGUUGACUUACUUAGGUAUGGUCAAGUGUGUGCAAGGACUCAAUCAUCUGUAACGUAGCCAUCAUGACGGGAGAAACCUCUGAAAUAAUCAAUUUUGGAGAGCUGAGCAACGAUGAAUCUCUUAAGAAGUCAGUCACAAGUUUCAGUGACAGUGUUUCGAAGAUUGGCGAUACUCUAAAAACAAUGUGCGACAGUGAUAUCUACAAUCAGCUCGACAGCGAACAUAAAGUCAAGUAUGAUAUAUUCCUCUCUUACUCAUUGAAUUCACUUUUUUGGCUCUAUUUGAGGACUCAAGGUCAUGAUCCCAAUGACCAUGGAAUCAAGAAGGAACUCGACCGAGUCAAGGGUCAAAUGGCCGAAGCCAAGAAGGCUGAAGAAAGAAAAUCAAUGCCGAAGGUCGAUCAGGGAGCAGCUAAAAGAUUUGUGAGGAAUGCAUUAUGGGAUCCUGAUGACAAAGAUGCCAAGAAUAAGCAACAGAUGCCAACAGGAGCCUCCUCUUCCAAGAAACGGAAAAGGAAUGAUUAAAUUCCAUCAUGGGUUUUACUUCCGACUCUGUGUAUAGUUUAUGCCAAAUGAGUUUACGCACGAACAUCUGCCGUUCAGUUUAGCAUUGAAAGUAAGCACAAUGCAUUAUCAAAAUGGCAGACCCUCCGUCUCACAAACAGUAUGUAAACUUAUUUGGCAUGGACAGAAACUAAUCGCCUAAAAAUUGUAUCAAUCAUCUUUGGCUUUGAAUCCAUAAUAUGCAUGUGCUAUUAGUUUUAUAGUAAAUUGAUUACAUGAUGGGCUGGUUAAAACUAAAUGAUCCCUGAUGAGGUUUGACUGCACCAAAAUUUACUUUGUGUUAAACUGUAAUGACCAGAUGAUAAAUUUGUACCUUUUCAUGGACGCUAUGCCCACCCACCUGUUUGUGAACAAUACUGUGUAAAUAUUGUUUUUAAAUACAUUUUUAUUUUUGUGCCCAA